AAGGAGUUAGAAAUCACACCUCUGUGGCUAUGUUUGGUCUCCUGGGACUGUCUGAUGAAAAAGAGAAGAGUUUGCCACUGCUGAAUAGCUGAGCUUGUGCAGUGUUGCCUUGAGGGAGAGGUGCUGGGAGGACCAAGCCAAUGAUUGGGAGAGGAAAUAUUACAGACAUCACCCAUUUCAUCCUCUUGGGAUUCUCAGAUUUCCCCAGAAUCAUAGCGGUGCUCUUUGUUGUCUUCCUGUUGAUCUACAUUAUGACUCUGACGUGGAACCUGAGCCUCAUCACCUUAAUAAGGAUAGAUUCCCACCUCCACACGCCCAUGUACUUCUUCCUCAGUAAUCUGUCCUUCAUGGAUAUUUGCUAUGUGACCUCCACAGUCCCCAAGAUGCUCUCCAACUUCUUCCAGGAGCAGCAAACUAUCACCCUUACAGGUUGUGCUAUUCAGUACUUCGUCUUUUCAACCACGGGACUGAGUGAGUCUUGUCUGAUGACAGCCAUGGCUUAUGACCGAUAUGCUGCCAUUUGUAAUCCACUUCUCUAUUCAUCCAUCAUGUCACCCACCCUCUGUGUUCAGAUGGUGCUGGGGUCCUAUAUGGCUGGACUCUCUGCUUCUAUAUCCCAAUUGUGUGCCAUGUUUCAGCUCCACUUCUGUGGGCCUGAUGUCAUCAACCACUUCUUCUGUGACAUGCCCCAACUGUUAGUUCUGUCCUGCACUGACACUUUCUUUGUACAACUCAUGACUGCUAUAUUAACAAUGAUUUUUGGGAUAAUAAAUGUCUCAAUCAUCAUGGUAUCCUAUGGCUAUAUUGUCAUCUCCAUUAUGAAGAUCACUUUAGCUAAAGGCAGGUCUAAGGCUUUCAACACCUGUGCUUCUCACCUGACCACAGUGACCCUCUUUUAUACCUCAGGUAUGUUUGUCUAUUUGAGUUCCAGCUCUGGCAGUUCCUCCAGCUUUGACAGAUUUGCAUCGGUCUUCUACACUGUGGUGAUUCCCAUGUUGAAUCCCUUGAUUUACAGUCUGAGGAAUAAGGAAAUCAAAGAUGCCUUGAAGAGGUUGCAAAAGAAGAUAAAGUAUUGCUGAGGUCACAGAUUAUGAGAUUUCUGAGAUUUGUCUUGUCAAAAUCACCUCAACUGAUGAUAAUAUGCAUGAGUGGACUAUAACAAAAUUCGUACUGACUUUGGACAAAGAAGGCUUAAUUUGACACAGAUAAUAUGUCAAAAUGGACCAACAAUUGACUCACUGCCACACAAACACUACAUCUUUAAGUCCUGGAGUUUCAUUACUUUCACCUUGUGAAAAGUGGCCUCAUCAUUUAUUAAUCUAUCUGCAAGUAUUUGUGAAACAUCAAGGUUUAGAAACGUCUUUCUUUUCUUUGCUUCUAAGAUAAAGCCUUGUUUAAUCUCAAGCCUAAAGAAGAGAUACCUGACAGUGGCCCAUGGGAAUAUAGCAACCUUGUCUCCGAAAUAUUUUGAUGCAGCAUAGUCCAGACAUGGUGGUGACCAAUGUUUGUUCUGUGUUUCUGACUAGAAUGGGAACGAACAGAGAAACAAGAUUCUGUCUUUGGACAGAAAGAAAGCUAUGCAAUUGGCCUGGUUGUGCAUCCUGGGAAGACCAGUCUGUGAUAGCUAAUGUUUGUCUAAGGCUUCUUUCAAUGCUAAUCAUCUAAUAAGUUUUUGGUUACAUCCUAGUCUCCACCAGCUGUAGUCUAAGGAAAGAGGAGGUGAUUUGAAUCAUAAAGAGGAAUAAAAUGAUGUAUGUGAUCCCUUCCUUGUCAUUUACUUAUGAAUCUGAUGAUUUAAUUUCUUAUGUCUAAUGGCCAGUGAUGAUGUUCAAAAUCCAUGUCACACUCAAUAGAAAUUUUUGAUACUGUGGGACUCAAACCUCCCUUUCUCCCCCAUUAAAUCUAGAAAAUUUACCCUUGGUUGACAUAUCCAAUGAGAUCAUACUACCAAAAUUGUUUCUGAUAUUUUAAACAUCUGUUCAAGUUUGGUGUGAGGAGACUUGUGUGAGAAGUUAUUGUAAUAAUAGAAUCACUGAAUAUUCAAUAUUUCAGAGACUAAGAAUGUGAAAAACUGGUAUACAUUUUUUCUAUUAUCGAUAUUCAAUGUUUUAUGUCCUAGAGAUUUAUGGUUGUAUGGAGGAUAUAAUGGUUGGAGUAGAAUUAAUAGAGUUACUUUAAUGCUGAUAUUUUUCAGGUAGCCUUGAGGACCAGAAGAGGAAAUAGAAAAUGAGAUAGGCAGAGUUAAGAACUCUGCCCAGUUAUCACUACUUGAAGGAGAAAAUAAGCUUUGUGGCUCUAGCGGUCUGGUUAAAAAGGGGAACAAGAUGUGUAACAACAUUGAUGUUGAUUUGAGAGGUUGCCCAGACUUGAACAAACUGAUGUAAAACAGAUGUCAUUAACUUGACAUAUUGUCCUUGGAGAUUCAUUGGAUUCUUAAUGAAUAUUUUGGGAGUCUCAAUUUCAAUGAGUCACUUGAAUUAUUCUUUUUAAUUAAGGACUGUAAGUGAAGAGCUAUUUGAUGCCUUUGCCAAAUCUUUCAUGAGUUUACAUAUAGACAGGAUUGAGAGAAGGGCAAUUGUUGAACCUCUGGGAGAGAGCAGGUGGCCUUACCCCACGCCAAUGAAAUGGUAAUAUGAGUAAAGGAUGUUUGCUCACAUCCAGGCAUAGGUAUGUUCUUUGAAUCAUUGCUCUUCACAAAUGUUUAAGAAUGUAGAAGUCUGUUUCUAAGUGGCCAUGAGAGCUUCCUUAAUAGACAGAACUCUGCUACAUAUUAGUGGAGGGUUUUCCAUAAUAUUUCACAGAUGUACCUCUUUAUGGGUUCAGAUGAGCUCAGGGAGGUUAUGAAUAGCAGAUGCUGAUGAUAAUUGGAACUUAAUCUUCUGGAAGCUGCUGUCGAUGGGUGAGGUCUCUGGGAACUACUGUCUUCCAAGAACUGUCUCCAUGGGCUGCUGUUGAGAACCAUUAGCUAGAAGUACUGAUGGGAAAUGCCAUUAAAGUAUUAUUUUAAAGAAAAAAAUGGGGAAAAUAAAACAAUUAUUCAGACUUGCCCCUGAAGAACAUUUAGACCAAUGAUAUAUUCCAGAUUCUACUCUUAGAUGAACCAUAUAUUCUAAAUUAAGUCAGUCUAUGGGACUAAAAAGAUAGUGUAGCUUGCUCGCAGUAAUUGCACAGAGAUUUCACCAUAUAAUAUCACAGGAGAACAGUCAAUCUGCCAGCCUUCACAAGGGUUGCUAGACAAAUACAUCAAAGUGAGUGGUAAGGAUGAAAAGAGCAAUAAGAAAGAUUUCUUGUCCUCAUUAUCUACAUUUUAGAUGUAGUUCAGUGGAAAAUGAUUGAAAGAGACCCACAGACCAAGAAGGGUGAAAAGAAUAGAACUCACAUGAAUUAUCAGUCGGUCAAUGGAAGGUUCAGCCAAGAGGAGGAGCUUGACCUCAUUUUGCAGGAUUUAUUUGACAAAAGAGAAGAGCAUUCCCGGCAGGAGUAAAUAGAAAAGUGGAGUGGGCUGAAUGUACAGAGGGGUAUCAUUGAGAUCCACAGACCAUAAGAAUGAAAAGUUGAACAUGAGUUUUAGCAUAAAGACUCUCAGAAUUUCACUUUGUGUUUAGUCAAGUCAAAGAACCUGAAUCAUUGAGAUCCUAGGGGUUGAUAGUGUUUCCUCAUUCUCAUACCUGACUUCUUGGCCCAAAUAAUCUUCCUAAAACAAUUCUAAUAACCUUUCUAAGGUACUGAACACUUUCAUCUUUUUCAAAUGCUUUCAAUGAUGUUCUAUUAUUAAUAUUGUACAAAGUAAAUAUAAAACUCAAUAUUCGUUAGGAUAUUUUUUAAAAGACUAC